AUGCUGGGUGCCUGCUUCCCGAUCACCGCCGACCUGAAGUACUAUCUGAAGGACUUGAACGACGCCCGGGCCCGGAUUGCCGCGGUUCCCCCCUCGGAUGACGCGCCAUUCAUCAUUCGCCAGGAGACUCAAGCCCUGGAGGAAACCGAGCGCAUGAUCCCCGAUGCGGUCACCCGCCUCGGCGCGGCCGUCGAGCAGCUUGAUCUCUUUUUGACCGCCCGCGCCAGCGAGGUGGCCGAAUUCAAGGCAUCCUCUCCCGAGGCGGCGGCCACCCUUGAGCAGGUUCUCCAGCAGCUGGCCACUGCCCGCGAGCUGGUUUGA